UCUUGUUUGUUUUGCUUUUGUGUUUUGCCGUUUAUUUUGAUUUCUCGAGAGGAUGUUAUCCCCGCCAUGCUGUACACUCUAGUCCGGGUAGCGGAGUUCGUGGACCAGUUCCUUCUGCGUCCCUUGGCCAGCGUUAUCGAUGCGGUCGUCACCGGCGUGUACUACUUCCUGUGGGGCAGCUACUUUGUGGGCUAUUGCUUGGUGGAGGGCAGUACGUUAGCUUGGAAUCUGGUGAGAUCUACGGUCAGCGACAUCCACCGAGGAUGCUGCGACCUGCGCCUCAUCACGCUGGAUGUGACCGACUACUUGUAUGACGGAACCAGGGGAGGUCUUAAGAACGCCUGGGAUUUCGGCCAAUCAGUAGGCCGGUUCUUCUGCAAUCUGCUCAUCGAACUGGGCGAUUGCAUCUUGUGGGUGUUGUUGCUGCUCCCACGGAUCAUACUGUUCACCGUGGACUGCCUCCUGGACUUUGUAUUCCACUCCAUCGUGGCCCGUGGCCUCAGCCUACUGAACAGCGUGUUCCGACUCUCGAUCGGAUUGUCCGUGCUCCUGGUUCUCUACAUGUUUCGACGAUAUGUGUACCUGCUGCUCAUCUACCUGCUCCAACGUGCCCGCAUCGAGAUCUCGACGAAGACGCAAAGCGUCUACCACUGGACCGAUCAGCAGUUGCAGCGAUUCAGGCAGAACAUGCGCAACGAUCCGGGAAACGCCGGAUCUCCGAAUCGCGGAGGCUGUGUGGUCUGCAUGGAGCGCAGCCGGAACAUCGUGAUCAUGCCCUGCCGGCAUCUCUGCCUCUGCAAGGAGUGCUCGCAGCAGCUGCGGCUCCGCUUGGAGCAUCGCUGUCCUGUGUGCCGGAACGACAUCAUGUCGUUUCUGCCGGUCUACAUUUGACACUGCCUAUUUUUGUAAAGAUUGUAGAACCUAGCAUAAAUGUAUAUAAGACUGCCAAUUGGAAUUUAGCUUUUAAGAGCACAAUAUCGAACUAAGGAUACAACCAAAUGCCAUUGGUUAAAGAUGAUUAUAUUAAAAAAUGUUUGGACAGCGAAACAAACUCUAUAAUUACAGAAUA